AUGGCAGUCGAUUCACCGCAGGGGGCCUCCGCUCCCAGCUACUCUUCAUCCCUCCUCACCCAAACACCCUCAGAGAAGGCAGCCGUCAACCCCAAGACCCAUCUCCCCGCCGCCUUUCGCGUUGGCAAUCGCGAGACUAAACCCCUCGUCACCGUCCCCGAACUUGUGCAGCACCUCACAUUCCUCGCCUGUCUCCACCGAUUGCAGCAGGAUGUCCGCGAAUGCCCUACGCCCGAUGGCACUCAGCUCUCUGGCGACAUCAAGUGGGCCGCGUUUUGCGAGCGAGCCGCGCUGCGCUUUGAAGAAUGGGCCAAGAAUCAACGCUCGUCCCUACGCGUCGACCUAGAUGGCGUCGACAUUGACGUUCUCAUGGUGUGGCAUACAUACAUGCUGAACCCUACCGACUUUGAGGGAGACCGCUGGCGCCUGGCUUUCAAGAUUCCCGACGCUUUUCCCCUCGAGGAGAUUGUCAAGCGCAUUGACAAGGCAACUUAUGUGUACCAGCCUCACGAGCUCGUGCCAGUCGCGCCGUCGGAGAAUGGCGAGACGGGCUUUGUACCCCCGCCACCAGCCUACGAGACACACGCCAGGGACCUCAUUGAGAUUCACCCCGUCGAGACCAAGGCGCGCAUCAAGUGCUACUAUUGCCGAAAGACUGGCAAUGUUCCGCUGGUGGGCACACCCCGCUCGCCCGGGUACGCAACUACCAAGAUGAACAGCCGUUGCACCAAUUGCUUCAAGUACAACACACACGAGAAGCUCAAGAUUCGGCGAUUGUGCGACGAUUUGGUGGCCGCAAAUACGGGCAUUACGUGUUUGGCUGGUGUCAGCGACGCCAAGUUUCGCAGAUGGGGUCCAAAGCUCAGCCAGUGUCUCGCCCAGGCGGCGUGGUUUACAGACGCGAUACAGGUGGGCGACCACAUGUCUUGGUCGUUCAGCGGGAUCCGCACAUACCUGCUGGCGCAAGCCUUGAAGGACCGCCGGCUGCUUCCCCUCCGCGACCCAAAGUAUUGGGGCGUACGUCCAAAGGAGUUUAGAAAGAAUAUGCGUGCAUCCCUUGCCGCGAUUGGCAAGGCGUACGCCGACACGGAGCUCUUCUCAAGCCUCAACCUCGCGGCCGCAACACAGCGCCAGGCCUCAUUCAUCAGCAACAUGGAACGCAUCGGAUGGCUCGACAUUGGGCGCUGGGAUCGCGGCGAGUUUUACCUGCUGCAAAAGUCUGCGGCUCGGUACCACGCAUUCCUCGACCUAAUGUGUGCGCACCGGGGGGCUUUCCUCUCGCCUACACUCGACAUUGACUUGGCAUGGCAUACGCACCAGCUCCAGGGCAGCAAGUAUGUCUCCGAGACCGUCUCGAUUCUGGGCCGCCUACUCAACCACGACGACAAGGUUGCCGACGUCCGCCUGAAAAUGGCGUACGACGACACGGCGACGUUGUGGGCUCGGCGCUUCGGCGUGCCCUAUAGUGGGUGCGGGUGUCCCGUCGCGCAAAACGCAGAGCGAGGGCUGCGGCAAAACCACAAGCGCCAGUUCCGGCAGAGCACGGGCAUGAAGUUUUGGAAGCGCGCCGAGAAGUCGCGCGAGUCGGUCGAGAUUGGCAAGCGCUACGUUGAGGAGCUCUUGCAGGAGCUGCCCGAGGAGGAGCGCGAUGCCCAGUGCCCUUCGACGCACAAUAUGCUCCGCGUACAGGUUGAUGGCUCGGCGGCACCAAAGUUGCGCACCCUCCGCGAGCGUCUGGGCGUGCGCGAGGGCGCCGAGUCCGAUCACACCAACCCCUUUACUGCACGGUACGUCUUUGUACCCCGCCGCGUGAAGGGCAGUCGCACUUUUGGGCCGCCCGAGCCCCUCGCUGAAGGCAAGCGCGAGGACCGCGAGGCACGCAGGCGCCGCGAGCGCGACGCGCAGAACGAUGCCUUCCUCUACGGCUACCCUCUAUACUGGGGUGUUGUGCCUUAUGGCUAUGGCGUGUAUCCCAUGGCCGACCCGUGGUACUGCGAUGCGAAUCACCACGCGUCUGGCGCUGCCGGUUGUGCGGCCGGCGUGGGCGCGGCCAGCAGCGGGGCGUGCGUCACUGGCGAAAGUGGGUGUGCUGGUGCCGCGGGCAUCUCGGCGUGUGGCACCGCUGCGGGCAGGGGGAGGUGGUGGUUGCUAAUAAUGGUUGUAUCCAUAGUGAACGCUCUAUCAUUCAUUGUACAGUAUCAUGAACAGCUUGAUAAUGGCUUUGGGGCAGGGUCAGCGUGCACAGCACACAAUGCAAAGCACCGGGUUUUAUAA